GAUUGAGAAGUACAACCAUGCCACCAAGUUCUGCCCUGAAUUAUGUACAGCCCCUAUUAGUUUCAUAGCAUGAUUUGACCCCAAAGCCUUCAAUAUUUGAGUAGGAUUUAGCAUUAAUGCAAUAAAGCCACCAUGUUACUAUCUCAUAUUUUAAGUGGAUAAGCUAGUGUAGUGCAUGCAUACAAUCCUCAUGUCAGUGCUCUUAAUACAUUAGAGCUGCUUUCCUCUACUAACAGUUGGAAAAGAUCAACUCAUUAACAGAAUUUUAGAUCUGUGUUUGCCUAUGUCCAAGUUUAGAGUUUUAUUUCCCCUGCAGAAGUGGGCUCUAAAUAAUGCAGCUCCUUGUGUUUAGAUGCUUGUCAAGACACCUUGUCUUGUAGGUGGCAAACAGAGUUAUGAACUCAGGUUGCUACAGUUAAGAGUCUUCCCAUUCAACUUUAAAAAUCUACUUUAUAAAUAGUUCACAUGUUAGGGAUUCCUAGUAGUUUAAUAUUUCUAGAAUAAACAAUUGGAAAGGCAGGGAAAGAUCCUGAACUCAAACUUGGGAAUGGAUGGGACAUAGUAGUGACUGCAACAGCUCAAGUGGUUUGUAAGAUCCACUUGUGUACCAGGACCCAGCCUAGAGCCAUCCUUAAGGAUCCUCCAGGGUGAGACAGGGCUGCCCCAGAAGUUGAGUAGAAAUGUGGAUGUUGAAGCCCACACAGCUAAGACAGGAGUAACUGUUCCACUAGAGCAGAGUGAGCUAAGGGCUGGUCUACCCUACCCACCGGAUCAGCAGGCAGAGAUCAAUGUGUGUGUGUGUGUGUGUGUGUGUGUGAAUUUAUCACAUCUAUACUAGAUGUGAUAAGUCAACUGCUGAGAGCUCUUCUCGUUCUGGUGGAGUACUGGAGUCGACAGAAGCACAAGCGGAGUCAAUGGGAGAGCAUCAGCUGUCUAUUUACUGCAGUGAAGACACUGUGGUAAAAAUAUCCAGCCAACUAGAAGAUUAUCACAAUGAGUUUUGUUGAAUACGGAGAUACAAUAAAAGAUGGAGACACAGCUAUCGUGUUCUUGGGCCAUGAAUCGAUGUUUCCUGUGAAAGUCCAACAUGGCAGUAAAACUCAGACUAAGUAUGGGGUCAUUAGACAUUCCACUGAUCUCAUAGGCAAAAGGUACGGCUCAAAGGUGACCUGCAGUAAAGGAGGCUGGGUGUUUAUUCUUCAUCCAACCCCAGAGUUGUGGACUAUGAAUCUUCCUCACAGAACACAAAUUCUUUAUUCAACUGACAUCUCUUUAAUCACCAUGAUGCUGGAAUUGAAGCCAGGAUCCAUAGUGUGUGAAUCAGGUACCGGAAGUGGUUCCCUUUCUCAUGCUAUCAUCAGGACAGUGGCUCCAACAGGGCAUCUGUACACAGUGGAGUUCCACCAACAGAGGGCAGAGAAAGCGAAGGAGGAGUUCCAGGAGCAUCAAGUAGAACACCUGGUUACAGUGAAGAAUCAGGAUGUCUGUAAAAACGGGUUUGGGGUCUCAAAUGUUGCAGAUGCAGUGUUCCUAGACAUUCCGUCACCGUGGGAAGCUAUAGGACAUGCACAAUCAGCGUUAAAAAUUGAAGGUGGACGCAUCUGCUCCUUCUCCCCUUGCAUUGAACAAGUUCAAAGAACCUGCCUGGCUAUGGAAGAACAUGGUUUUACUGAGAUUAACACUUUGGAAAUUCUGCUUCGAGUAUACAAUGUUAGGACAAUUAGCUUGCAAAUCCCUGACCUUGGAAAAGCAGCUGAGGAUAAUUCUAGCACUGGGUUUGACAGCAGCAACCAAUCAAAUCAAGGUAGCUUAUAUGGUAUUCUGCAGCAGGGAACUGCCCAGUUUAAAAGUGGUGUGCCACUCAAGGAAAUGGUGGGUCAUACUGGAUAUCUGACCUUUGCUACUAAAAGUCUAUUUUAGCAUACUUUGGGUUUGUUUGUUCUUUAAGGUCAUCCAAACUUUUACUCGUCAGGGAAUUCCAUAUAUGGUCAGAUCCAUUUGGAAUAUGCUUUGUUUAAAUAACACAUGAGCACUAACCAGCCCAGCAUAGACAGAAAGUUGAAGAUCUGGAACAGCACUCUGUUUCUGCCAGACAGGAAAGAUAAAUUAAUAGCUAAUGGCAAUUCAUUGGAAUUUGCAAAAUAAAGCCACUUGCUGAUAGGUUUUGUUUAAAAUCAGCUGUUUUCUUUUUACUUUUUGGAAUCCUUUCUUGAUUUCCCAACCCCAAUCAGACUCUGUUUGGGGGGUUUUGUUUGGCUGGUUGGUUUUUGCUUAAGUUAUUCAGUAUUUAUGUCAUUUUUGGAUCUUUGGAAAGAUCCUCAUUGACUCAUUUUAGAUGCUGAAGUUGUGAGCUCAUACAGCAGUCACAUUGAGUGGUCACAGAAUGGGUGUUUCCCUGGAACAAUAUUUGGCUGCACAGUAUUUGGCUGCAGUGUGUUCAAGAACAUGGUCUCUUUCUCCCAUCCCAAACUGGCAUCUAGUAAUCAGAUAGAUUAUACUGAAGUCUCACAAGCAUGGUAGCUGUUGGAUCUGGUCCAUAAGAAUAUAUUGGGAACAUCAUUAGAGGCUUCAGCCAUGAUGGCUCACUCAGGCCAAUAUCUUAUGAUAGAUCAGCUGUUUUCACUUUUCGUAAGUCAAUUGUGAGAAUUUACCACAAAGUGUUUUAAUGUUACCUAAACACCGCUUUGUAAGCAAUGUAUCUGAGUUCUAUUUUUUUUUUUUUUUUUUUAAUAAGUGCUACAUUACUUGACUUGCUGCAACUGAAUGAUGGAAAAAUCACUAUUGGCAGGAUUUCUCUCUUAAUAAAUUGUAACAGUGAUGUAAACUUAAUAAAAACAUAAAUCUUCUUUAGCAGUAAUUUACUAGACCACUUAUUAUUUGGUCUCUUAUAUAAAGCUGGUUGGCAUGGUUGAUCUAUUUUGAACACCAGAUUAAAUUUUGUAUUUACGGAUUAAAAUUAUUGUACAUAUUUCUGAGGCUCUACAUGCCUCUUUCCUUUUUUUUUUUUUUAAUAAAGUCUCUAUUAUGUUCUUCCCAA